CGUGUUUCAGCAUAUUGUACACAGCUCUCACGCUAUCUAUCACAUUAUGAAGUUUCCAAUAACCAUAUAACUCAUAUCAGUCAUAGUCGUUGUGUUAGUUUCAAAUAUCACUGUAAAUUGCUUAAAGGCAGUUGUCCUGGAUCUUUAAACAACAUAUGUGCUGAAGUUGAGAAAAAGUGUAAUAAUACUUCAGCUCAAACUAACGAACUUAAUAAUUUAAUUAAGGCUUUUGGCGAAGGAAUAUCUAGUUAUGAUAAAUGUUAUAAAAAAUUAACUCAAGAAUGUAAAAAUUUUACUGUGAAAAAAAUAAUGAAUAUAUCAUGCACUGACGUCAAUAAUACAUGCAAGCAUUUAGUGGAUCAUUUAAGGAAAAUUUGUGAUCAUCUUGCAUUAAAAAUUUUUAAACUUUUAUCUACUAAUUUUAAUUCUACUAUAGAAUGUCAGAAAUCAAUAUCCUCAUGUUCAUUUAUAGGGUCUUCUUGUAAUGGAAUUAACGACAAAAUUACUCGUAUAUGUAACAACACUAUAACUAAAUGUAGUUCACCAUCACCACCACCAGGACCACCACCACCAGUACCACGACCGCAGCCACCAAAACCACCACAACCACAACCACAUCCACAGCCACCACCGCCACCACCGCCACCACCGCCACCACCAAAACCAUCAGAACCAGAAUCAUCAAAACCAAAACCGAAACCGACAAACUCUACUACAAGUUUACCAACUACGAAUUCAUCAACUGCAGCUCCGCCAAUUACAUCAAGCUUGCCAACUACACUUAUACCAACUACAAACACAUCAGAUAUAUACCCAUCAACUACAAGCACAUCUAAAACAAGUACAUUAGAUACAAGCACAUCUACAGAUACAUCUACACGCACAUCUACACGCACAUCUAAAGGUACAUCGACUACACGUUCAUCAACAUCCACGCGUUCAAGACCUAGACCAACAAUGUCACGGGAUGACUAUGAAGAAGGUUAUGGACUCAGAGCACAGAGAUUACAAAUGAUAAAAUUGAUUUUGGAAAUUGCAGGAAUAAUAUUGGGACUAUGGAUAAUUAUUUAA